AAGAGAAGAGAAGAAGAAGAAGAAGAAGAAGAGAGAAGCGAAGCGGUGGGAUGGCGCAGAAGUCGCUGAUCUACGCGUUCGUGGCGCGAGGCACGGUGAUUCUAGCCGAGUACACCGAAUUCAGCGGCAAUUUCAACUCCAUAGCCUUCCAGUGCCUCCAGAAGCUUCCCGCCACCAACAACAAGUUCACCUACAACUGCGACGCCCACACCUUCAACUACCUCGUCGACAAUGGCUUCACAUACUGUGUGGUGGCGGAUGAAUCAGCUGGAAGACAAGUGCCUAUUGCUUUUCUGGAGCGUGUGAAGGAUGAUUUUGUUGCGAAAUACGGUGGUGGGAAGGCUGCCACAGCUGCUGCCAACAGUCUCAACAAGGAGUUUGGCUCGAAGUUGAAGGAACAUAUGCAAUACUGUGUUGAUCAUCCUGAAGAGAUAAGCAAGCUCGCUAAGGUUAAGGCCCAGGUCUCAGAAGUUAAAGGUGUUAUGAUGGAGAACAUUGAAAAGGUUUUGGAUAGAGGAGAAAAGAUAGAGCUUUUGGUUGAUAAGACUGAGACCCUUCAUCAUCAGGCACAAGACUUCCGGAAUGUUGGUACUAAAAUGAGAAGGAAGAUGUGGCUGCAGAACAUGAAGGUGAAGCUGAUUGUCUUGGGAAUUCUGAUUGCAUUGAUCCUCAUCAUUAUCCUCUCAGUUUGCCAUGGUUUCAACUGCGGAAAAUGAGCCUUUGGCCAAAGCGUCUUGUCUUGUCAACCCCAACUUCUGAGAUUAUGUGUUAUUAUAAGCAACUCUGUACUCCGUGAAAACAACAGUUGAUUUCCAGAUAUAUGUGGGUAGUAGGAGAAAGCGUAUUUUUUGUGUGAAUGGAACUCCCUAUAUAUUUUACUACUUUGUUCUUAGAAUGCAUGAUGAAGUUGCUUAUUCUCUCA